CUCGUCGUGUGCAGGUGUAAUCUUCAAAUUCAAUCUGUGAUUGCUGCUGCAUGCCUGAGGUUAGGGGCAGUCCACCUAGUAUCCUCCUCGUACUGUUCCAAAGUUGCAACAGAAGUUGAGGUUACUUUCAGAAAGAAAAAAGAAACAUGUCGAAAAGAAAUUCUGCAGGCAAUGUUACCUCAACUUUGGGUCUUGAGUGCCUUCCCCUCUCUCGUACCCAGUUGAGAGACCUUUGGAAUUACGACAAUGAGUGUGGGAGUCAAUUUAUGGGUGCUCCAUUAAGGAUCUGCUCGAGCAUGGAAGAUGACACUGCAGUUGAGGGUCACAACUCUGGUAUUCCUUGUGCUGAGCUUAAAAAUUUGAAACAAACCAUAAAGGAAAUGUGGGUAAGAGCAGGAACAUUAUUUGAAGUGUUCUAUGAUGCACAGCGCCCAGAUUUAGGUUAUCGUUUGAAAGUUAAAGAUUCCUUGCCCAUCAAAGUUACGUUAAAAGAGGAUGAUAUGUUUUAUUUUGGAUGGUGUGCAGUCGCGCCUGAGGACAGCCUAUGCACUCACUUAUACAAGAGAAGCCCACUGCAGCCCUGUGGGUACUUGGGUGGACCUGCUAGUCUUUGUAAUUGGGUUCUGGAUAAGCAAGCCACAGUAUCCUUCUCUCGGCCUCUGCGAAAGAUUGCUCGGUACCUGUUGAGGUUGCAAUGCAGGAACUUAUCAAAGGGCCAGGAGCUGUUAUCGAACUAUGGGAACACAAAAAUAAUGGCUACUGAAGCAGACUGGUUUUUAAAAGGUUGCUGCAAUGUUUUCAAAGAGGCAGACAGACAUGUGAAACGCCAGGAUAAGAGAAAAAACUUAAGUGAUCUGAUGUUUGUAGAAUGUUGUGUCCUAUGUGGGAAGCAAUAUUCUAUCAAAAACAAAGAGUGCAGAAUACAGAGAAAGCCUCAUUUUGUGAAUAGCCAUGCAGACUUCUUAGGAUCCAAAUGGAAUGGUUUAGGACCCUACAUGCAGGAAGAAGUUGAUGCUACUGCUGUUUUGGCAGAGGCAGAUAAACUGAACUGUCUGAUUCAAACUCUGACAAAGGACCUGAAGUGGUCUAUUGUCCCUGCUUGUAAUGUCAUCGGAACCAAUGACAAAGAUGAGUAUGAUAACCCUGAAGCUCUUCUAACAGAAUUCAGAAGAAGAUGUACUCUACUUAAAGGUGCUGGAACUUUAGUCUUACGAGGGGCAGCAAUGGACAAAAUGAUAAACGAACUCAGUGUAGAUCACCUUCGGCCAGUCCCCGUGUCUGUCUGGAGGACUCUUAAUUGGAAGAAUAAAGUACAACCACCAUUUGGAGUGUAUUCUGUUCCGAAUGAAAUGAAUGACGAUCAUACUAUUGAGGUCCAGUCAGCUAUAACAAAGUUCUGUUUAUUCUUGAAUUAGUUUAAUUUGUUUGCUUGCAAUCACCAGCCUUACUUUCUCUGUCUCUCUUAUUUACUUAACCAAUUCUUGUUUAUGGUUGUGCAUAAUUAUGGUACUCAGUAUGUAAGAACUGCUCAAUAUAUUUUGUGCUGGGGGGAGGGGGAGACGUGCUGCAUUUGUUGUACUAGAUAAAUUUCUACCAGACUUCUCUGCUGUUUUGUGUUGUCAACUUUAAAGUAUCCUUGUAUUCAUAUAUAUUUUGAAUGUCUAUUGUAUAGAAUUGCACUUCCUUCUUUUCUGUAUGGACUUGUAAACAGCAAUGUUUACUUUUGCUUUAUGGCUUUCUGCCAAAUUCCUCUUGACAAUUAAAAUUCAUGUAUUACUUGCUCAAACUUUGCCUGCCAACUUGCAUUUAUUUUAUAGACUACAAAUCAGUCCACUUUGAGGGAAUCAAUCUUAACAUAAAAGUUGGGGAACACAUUAUUUCUCAGAACUCUGUGCCAAACAUGAAAGGUAGAGCCAAAUGUAGUCAGCCUUUCCAAGACUAAAAGAAAAGACUAGAUUGAGGCAAUAGAAUACAGUGGAGGGAUCUCCAGAGAGGGAACCUCUAGACUCCCCUUCUCUUGUCCCCAGUUAAGCAGCUAAAGUUAAGAAGCACAUUCCCACCAAACCAGUUGCAUAAAAGCAGUAUGAGCUCUAGAACUGCGUUCAUUUUAAAUCAUCAAAUCAAAUGCAGUUCAAUGAGCCUCAAAUUUACUCACAAAUUAAUAGUUGGUAACUGUAUUCUAUGUACAAUGUCACAUAAGCAGCUUCACCUUCUGUACAUUUAUAAAGGGCAAGGAUAACAAACCCCGUUAGGCUAAGUCAGUGGUAUUUGAUAAAUAAGCGAGGCCAAUAAAAGAGAAACAUUUCAUCCGCAUCUACUUAAAACUCAGACGAAGUCAAGAUUUCAUACAGUGUGUGGUAACAUUCAUCAAAAUUUCACAAGUUUUCCACAGACAUUAACAAUUAGUAGAAAAAAAAAACAGAAAGUAAAUUUAAAACAAUAAAGGAAUAAGAAUCAAUACAGCUGUUGUUCAAACCCACGGCUUCGGCUCCCUCUGUUGUCUCCUAGUUCAAUUCAUGGAAAGGUGACAAACAAAC